GUCAAAUUAGCACGUAACACUGGAAGUUACGCUGUUGGCGCGAAUAACAACAACAGAGCUGCGGAUAAUUUAAUUUGUUAAUUAUUAUGAAUUCACCUCUCGACAUUAAAUUAUCAUAAAAUAUCUUCGAUACGAUGGACACUGGCGACCACAGGUUUACGAUAAUACGAAUGCUAACGUUUAUUUAACGUUGUGGGCGGUUGUUUGAACGUUAGCAGCAGAGUUCAUAUUUCCUGUCAGCGUCUGUUUGGAGGCUGACCAUGUCCAAAGACAAAGACAAGGACAAGGAGAGCUUCAUUGUGAAGUUUGUGGAGAGUAAAGGACAGAAGACAGAGUGUGUUGUCAAGGCUUAUGAGGCCGUCCUGGAGCUGCAGUCUGAGAAGUAUCUGAAAACCAUCGAUGAAGAUGUUGUGUUACACAUGGACCACAACGACAAGUCUCUGUUUGUCUUCAGCAGCUUCACCACGCCGGCUUUCCUGCACUGCAAAAAGCUCGGCUGCAGGGUGGUGAGUCCUCUGGUGGUGUUGUACUGUCUGCAGCAUCAGCACUGUGUCCCCAAGGCGGAGACGCCCGUCUAUAACAUGGCCAUGGCUGGCAUCACGGUUUCCUGCACCAGCCUGGAUAAAGAAACGCGGAUGGAGGUGAUGGAUCUGGUGCAGCUCAUGGGCGGGCGAGUCUAUCUCGACCUAAAUGUGUCUGUCACACACCUGAUCGCAGGAGAGGUGGGCAGCAAGAAGUACGUGGUGGCUGCCAGCUUGGGUAAACCCAUCCUGCUGCCUGCAUGGGUCAAAGCCUGCUGGGAGAAAUCUCAGGACAGUCUUUUCAGGUACACAGAUCUGCCCAUUGAGGACUAUCUGUGCCCCGUGCUGCGUGGCUGCACUGUUUGCGUGACGGGCCUCUCCAGCACGGAGCGUAAAGAGGUGCAGCGGCUGUGCGAGCAGCACGGAGCCGAAUACACGGGUCAGCUCAAGAUGAACGAGUGCACACAUCUCAUCGUUAAUGAACCAACAGGUCAGAAGUACGAGUGUGCACGGAAGUGGAACGUGUACUGUGUGUCCCUGCACUGGCUGUUUGACAGCAUAGAGAAGGGCUUCUGUCAAGACGAGAGCAGGUACACUGUGGAGCGCAACACGUCGAAGAGCACCCGACCGCACACUUCGACCCCGACUGGCACCGACAAGAAGCAGGAGGGUCCAUCUCUGUUGGGCUUGAGCCACAUUUCCGUCAAUGCCAGCAUGACAAUAAACGACACGGCCCUCACCAACGCCACCUUCAGCCGCCUGGAAGCUCCGGACCCCAUAGACAGUCUGGACAUCACUGUCUGCCCAGCGGAUGAUAUCCUGGAUGGCUGUAAGAUUUAUCUGUGCGGCCUGCCGGGGAAGAAACUGGAGAAGCUGCGGCGUCUCGUGAACGCUGCAGGAGGUCUGCGCUUCAACCAGCCCAGUGAGGAGCUCACACAUGUGGUCAUGGGAGAGCUCGACCAGGACCUGAAGAAUUUUCUCACCAAAGCGACACACAGACCUCAUGUAGUAACAGUGCAGUGGCUCGUGGACAGUUUCUCCAAAGGCAGUCUGCUCCCAGAAGCAGGUUACCUCCACCCUGGCUGUCUGCCCCCUGCUCCGGCUGCUGUGUCAGUGCCUGCUCAUCAGACUCCCACCUCCAGGCCCUCAAUCGGUCCCCCCGUGGCCAGUCCCAGCACACCGAGGCAUAACAGGGCAGAGGAGGAUCUGCUCUCACAAUACAUGGAUGAUGACCCUACAGUAGUUGACAUGCCUCCACCAGCAGAGGGCAACAGCAGGAGGUCCAUCAGUACAGCUGUAGAGCCUCAGCCUGAAGUCUGGACAUCAAAUCAGACCAGAGGUCAGGACUCAACCCUGCAGGAAGCCAGCGAGGCAGGCCUGUUUUUUGGGAAGUGUUUCCUUCUCGUGGGUUUCGGCACCGAGGCCGAGGCCCAGCUCUCUGUGCUGGUGACAGAAAACGGAGGCCGGGUGCUGAUGGGCCGCACACGCACUGUGGCAGACUACGCUGUGGUCCCCCUGCUGGGCUGUUCAGUGGAGGCCACAGUGGACGAGGUGGUCACUGAUACCUGGCUGGCCAUGUGUGUGGAGAAGGAGUGUGUUCUGCAGCUGUCCUCCAAUCCUUUGUUCACCCCGGUUCCUGUGAUGGACGAACGUUUCCCUCUCAGAGAUUGCGUCCUCUCCGUCAGCCAGUUCACCGGAGCGGAGCGGGAGUCUUUGGUGGAGCUGGCCAAGCACCUUGGAGCCGAUGUCCAGGAUUACUUUGUACGCCUGGCCAACCAAAAGAAAGGCAUGCUGGCCAGCUCUCAUCUGGUGUUGCAGUGCCCCGAAGGCACAAAGUACCAAGCAGCGAAGAAAUGGGGGCUCCCCGCUGUCACGAUGAACUGGAUACUAGAGUCUGCUCGGACUGGCCAGAAGGCAGAGGAGGGGCGUUUUCUAGUUGACCUGCCACCGUCUCCAGAGAGGAAUGAUGAGAGUUUCGUCGGCGGUUCCCAGAAGCCCAUCAUGCCUCCACCAGCACGUACGUCUCCAGAAAUCCCUUUGCUGGGUCCCCGGAGCGGUAAGGCCGUCACGCCGCUGGAUAUGGGUCGCUUCCGGAGCAAAGUGUUACGCUCCGUGUUGGAAAAGAAGAACCCCGAAGAGGACAUCAGCACCCCCAAACAAAACCAGGAGAGCGGCAGAAGGAACCCCCUUCAGAAGGAGCCCUCACUGCGGCUGGAUACUCCCUCUCGCUUCCUCAUCAGAGACCAGCUUUUCAGGCCCUCCUUCGUCACCAAGGAUGCACAAGGAGCAAUGGAGACUCCAGGGGGAAAAUCCAAACCAGGAGAGAAGAUGGGGACGCCACUGACUGAAGUCAUCCACAGGAACAUGAGGGUGGCUCUGGCCAACAGCACCGGAAAUAACAGCCCAGAUAUGCAAGCUAUCUCUGCUAGCCCCCAGUUUACCAAGACCACAGAGAAGGAGGUCCCUGAAAAAGAAGCCGGCCCUCUGAGCGGUGUUGUGAUCUGCGUGGGAAAGAAGCUGAGCAAAAUGCAGAGUGAACUCAACGCUGUCGCUGCCUCCCUCGGAGCUGACUUCAGGUGGGCGUGCGACGAUACAGUGACGCACUACAUCUACCAGGGCCGCGUCGGGGACAACACCCGGGAAUACAGAGGCGUGAAGGAGAGAGGGCUGCAUGUGGUGUCCCAGUACUGGCUGCACGCUUGUGCUGAGGAGCAGAGGCACGUCUCUGAGUCUUUGUAUCCUUUCACCUACAACCCCAAGAUGAGCCUAAACCUCAGCCAGGUGCCCAACAGCUCCCAGAGGUCUCCACCUUUAACACGGACUCAACUCAGAGACAUCGCUGAGGCAAAGGCCGACAAGUCCGCAACAGAAGAAGCGACGACUUUACGUCGUGUUAGUGAUGGAAGCGUGGAUCAAGAAGAAACGCAUGAUGCUGCAGACAGAAGUGAUAUUUCAGAGACUCUUGAAAUGAGAGAGAACCUGCAGAGACAGCUCCAAGAGAUCAUGUCAGCCACUAAGCUGACGACAGGGAGACGCGCCUCCGUCAGACUCAGCAGGAUGGGAUCAGGAGGGGCCGACUCAGGCCCCAACACACCUGAUCGGAUCGGACGCAGCGGGAACAGACGUACUCUGGAAGCUCUUCGGGUUUCCAGAGAAGCAGCUAUGGACAUAAACACAGAGCCGUCUCAGAGCGAGCAGAUCGUUUGGGAUGACCCUACAGCCAGGGAGGAGAGAGCCAAGCUGGCUGAUAACUUACAGUGGCCUGGAAGUCCCUCACAACACUCCGAGCCCUUCGCUCCUCCACCUCCUCCCACUGUGGAAAACGGCCCUCAGUUCAGGGACUCCAUGACAGACUCUGAGCUGGUGGAGAUGGCUGCUUGUGACGUCAUCGACCAGCACAUGGGCCAGAAAGUUGCGACGCCUCCGACAAAGGAGCGUGAAAACGACCUCCUCACUCCUAAAGCCCCCAGCAUCGCGUUCCCUCUUGCUAUCCCACCAGUAGCACCGGAGCCACAGGAGGAGUGUGAGGAAGAGAAGCAGCCGCCCAGGUUUCAGCUGUCCUCCCUCAGCCCCCAGGAGCGCAUCGAUUACAGUCACCUCAUAGAGGAGCUCGGCGGUGUAGUGCUGGACAUGCAGUGUUUUGACCCCAGCUGCUCCCACAUCAUCGUCGGGACUCCUCUGCGCAAUGAGAAGUAUCUGGCAGCGAUGGCGGUCGGCAGAUGGAUCCUUCACCGCUCGUACCUGGAGGCCUGCCGCUCUGUGGGCCGCUUCAUCCAGGAGGACGACUACGAGUGGGGCAGUAGCUCCAUUCUGGAUGCGUUGCCCUCAAUCACCUCCCAGCAGAGGAGGCUGGCGUUAGCUGCCAUGCGCUGGAGAAAAACCCUGCAGGGACGCCCAGAGCAAGGGGGAGCCUUCAGUGGAUGGACAGUCAUGCUGAACAUUGACCAGAGCAGAGAAUCAGGCUUCAGGCGGUUGCUGCAGUCUGGCAGGGCGAAGGUCUUGCCGAGUCCCUCUCCGUCCUUGUACAAGGAGGCCACUCACCUGUUCGCAGACUUCAGCCGGCUGAAGCCCGGAGACUUCAGAGUCGACAUAUCCGAGGCGACCUCUCAAGGAGUCACAUGCUUGAAGCCAGAGUACAUCGCAGACUAUCUCAUGCAGGAGCCGACACCGCCUGUCGAGCUGUACCGUCUGACCGAAGCUCCCUCUGGAGAAACUCCAGGCACUCCGUCACGUAAGCGUAAAGCAGCAGCAGACAACUCCAGGCUGAAAAAGACACGUCUGAACUGAAAUGUCACUACCAAACA